AUGAAGGUAUCAGGGCCGCCAAUGCAGGGUCCACUUCUAGGGGAGGAGGGAGGAAACAGGAGCCAAAGGGAGCUGAGAUCCAAAAGGGGGCUUCUGACUCAGAACCCUGGGGAUGUCUUGUAUCCAUCUGCAGAUAGUACCCUCUUUCGAGCAAAUAGAGCAGCAGCCCCCUGGGGCACUUGGAGUAGCCAGGUCACACACUGCCCUCAUCCUGCUGCUCCCAUCACCUUGCUGACAGAACCAGAGAAACCAUGGAUGUUUGUCCUGGUCCAAACACAGCCCUUCAGUCGCUCUCUGGGCUUGAAUACCACCUUAUCUGCCCAGGAGGGUCAGAGUUAG